GACAUCAGGGCUGCGAGGGCACGAGCUGCGCAAGACGCCGAGCAGGAGAAGGCACGCGUGCUCGCACAGCAGCGUGCAGAUGAGGAAGCCGCUGCAGUCGCACACGCCCAGCAACGGGCCCACUACGAGGCAGCUAUGGCUGCACAUGCAGAGCGUCUGGCCCAAGCAGAGGCAGCAGCUCAGUGGGAGGCUGAGCAGAGAAGGCACGCCGAGGCAACGGCGGCAGCAGAGCAAGCAGGCCGUGUUGCAGCUGCCAAGAAGCGGCAAGAUGAGGAGGCUGCCUUGGCUGCGGCACAAGCCUCGCUGGCUGCGGCGGCUCGCAGGAAGGACAUGGAAGAAGCUGAGGCUGCAGCUGCAGCCAAGAAGACUGCCAUGAUCAAGGCACAGCACAAGCUGUGGGAGCUGGCGCAAGCGUCAGCGGCCAGGCAGAAGGCUCAGGAGGCUCAGAAGGAUGAGCAGGCCUGCCAGGACGCGCGUGGCAAGGCCAAGGCGGCCAAGAGGGUCGAGGCAGACAAUGCUCCCAGGGACACCAAGCGCAGGAGUGCGUCAGCUGCUCCACAGAAGCCCCGAGGUGGCGGGAAGGAAAAGUCCUUGAGCCCGCUUCGAGAGGACGAGCUGGAGCUCCCGAGGGAGCACGGCCUCAUGAGCUCGGAGUCAUCGUCGGGAUCUGACUCGUCGAGGUCGAGCAAGGUCCAGAAAGGCCAAGCGGUCGACACGGGCGAAGGCAGCGAAGGCGAAGGCGGCGAAGACUCAGAAGCCACCGUCGUCAAAGACAUCCUCCGCAACCAAGGCGUGGCAUUGAAUCAGAAUGCAUCAGUAUGA